AUGUCGAGCCUAACCUCUGACACUGUCGAUCUCGCUAUGAUCGAAGGGUGCGAAUUUGGUGUACCAGAUAAUGCGUACACUUUUCGACAUAUCCAUCAACAAUUUGGCAGUGAACCGGUAUCUCAUGAACCCCUCGGGUAUCGCUGGACACAUUUGAAAUGCGAGGAAAGGCCUGAUCGUAUCAGGAAGCUUAGACCACCAAAUCAAAUUGAUAAACUUGAUGUCGCCAAAGUAUCAAUUACGAAGAAUGAUUUGGUUCUACGAGUGGCAUGCGCCGCAGUUUUCACAGUCAUCUUUAUCUUCUUUUGCCUACUUCAAAUCACCGAGGAAGAAAUUAGCGCCUUUGGGACAUUCCUUAACGGCUUGUCUGGCCUCGAGCGACAUGCUACUGUAGUGAACAUUUAUCUCGGUCUUUUAGCUCUCGUGUACGUGGAUCCAUGCGACAAAAUUACAUGUCUAGGUUGCAAAGCAGAAUUCAAGAAUUCUAGCAGCUGCGGCAUGCACUGGCGAAAUUAUUGCGGUUGGAAUGGAUUUGAAUUCCGAUGCGUAUCCAAUUAUACUGGUUGUGGCUUCAAAAACAGGCAAAUUUAUAACGUGAAGAAACAUGCCCUUUCUUGA